AAAGGGCUUUGAUGAAUGAACUCAGAUGGGCUUUAUGGCCCAUUAAAGAUUUUGUUCUUUUUUGAGUCGUCGCCCCCGAGAUCGUGGGUGAUCCGUCUCACUGGAAACAUCUUUGUCUCUCUGAGAAACCCCUCUUUAGGGUUUAUACCUUCAAUGGAGAAACAGAGUACUCAACCAAUUUGCGGCCAAGAGGCUCUCCAACUUCUCAAUUGCGUCGCGGAGUCUCCUUUCGAUCAAGAGAAAUGCGUCCGAUUUUUGCAAUCUCUCAGAGAAUGCGUUCUAUCAAAGAAAGUAAAGAAGUUCUCGAUACCGAGUCAAGAUCACGACUCUGAGGGAGCAGCUUCAGCUACAAAGAGACCUUCAUAACGUUCUUUGUUCCGAUUUUCUUUUAUCGUUUGAGUUGUAAUCAUGUAAUUGAUUUUAAUGUCAUGCCUUGGAUUCAUAAGCUGGGUCAUGCCUUGUUUCCCCUUUGUUGUCUUGUAUGUUGAAUAUUGCAAACUCUAAAGAGCAUAUUUAUAAGAAGAAAUAAAAGUUUCUACAUUUGACUUUCCCUCUUA